AUGGCGCUGCACGAAGAUGAGUCUCUCACCUUGAAACUUGAAGUGACGGAUGGGGAAUUCAAAUCGAUCGGAGAUGAGGUCUUUGCCAACUUUUCCAAUGCCGAACGAGACGUCAACGUGGUUUGCAUCUACCAGAUUCACGGAUUUCUAGAUGGAGAAAACACUCAACCUGCGACGCUGCUUGUGCUCCGUUUCGACGUGGGCACCCAAGUGCAAGGACGUCGGUUCGAUUUCUUUUCACCCAAAUUGCAGAUUCAAAAGACGACGACAGUGAAUCCGGGCGAAGAUGUGUGGUUUGAGGAUUUGUUUGAACCCAAAUUGGUCUACAUGAGCGAGGUACAUUCGCACAGGACCAAAAACAGAUCAAUUCAGCCAUCGUUGAACGUCUCCCCUCCUGCACCCUUUGAUGUUAUAUCUGGUGGGCUUACUUGGACGGCAGAUGAUACAGCAGACUGGACUGAGACGUAUCGCUUUACCCUCGAGGCCAUAGCAACCAACGAUCCCCGGAAUGAUUCGGCCUCCCAAAACGACAUCAUCUAUUGGACAGCUGAGGUCGAGGAUGAGCAUGCUAAAAAGUCGGCGGGAAUCAGUACUUUCCAGGUCGCCAUGCUGCUGGGAAGGAAAGAUCAAGGGGAUUUUCAGAUCAAUAUGACAAUCCAGGAGGGGAAUCUUGAUGUUUGGGAUAGAGUGCGCAAGAGGUGGAACACAGUCUUUGGACGAGAAACCCGAGGCAAAAAGGCCACCAUCAGCCCAACGACGCUGAGGACGAAGCCAUUGCCAAAUCAAGUCGAUGCAAACCAUCUCCGCAGACUCCAAGAUGAUGACCACAAGGUCAUGAAAGAUCUAGUGUUCGUUGGGGGGCCGCAAUUUCUGAAACCUUCCAGCCUUGCUACCAUAGCAUGAAGCAAGAGACCUGCGUCCACUCAGGCCUUGUCAAUGGUUUUGAUUGAAGAUAACUCGCGGAAAACGAGAAGAGUGCUCGAAGUAAGAGCACUGGGACGCGGGAGGAAUGAUA